UUUUUCCAGAAUCAAGAAUUUUUAAGUCUCAAGGAUCUAGUUCCUGUCAUUGAAAGACUAAAGACGGUUACUUUUCACGUGAAGGAAAUUGCAAUGAAAUCACAAAUACUGCAAAACAGCACACUUCCACACGUUACCAUAUCUGGCGACCACAACAGGUUACAUGUGACAUUCUCGUUGCCUAGCAACCUCAUGGAGAACCUUCCGGAAGAGUUGACAUCGGACGAGGGCGUACCGGUUUACCCUCUGUUGUUUAAUAAUGGACUAGCGGAGCUGAGCGAAACCAGUAGCCAGUUUAAGGUGGAGCAAGAAAUUAAUAAAGCAUCUUAUGUCACACUCAGGGACUACUGUGAAGGAGUAAAGCAAUAUCAGUUAAGCAAGGUGACAGACACCACUAAAGACUCCAUCGAGCAAACUAUAAAACUAGGUGAGGUCAAACGGCCGCUGGACGCAAUGGAAAAACUACUGAUCCAGCUGGAAGGAGUCAUUCAAGAACCGAUGUCAUCCGGCACUGAAAUCCUCUCUCUCUCCUCUGAGCUGAUCCAGAGAUUAGGUGGUGUCUCGCUAUGUGUCUGUGAUUCCGGUAUAUACCGAUCCCAAGCAGUCACCACCUUACAGGAGGUCUCUUUACUCUCUCGUUGCUACGGGCUGCAAUUUCGCUCGUUCCGAUUAGCUUUAAACGUACUUCGUCUCUCGGGGGCGUUGCCCAUUUUGGUGAAGAAGAAUUCAUUAAAGUAUACAGCUUUUCCACCUACUGCACCUGGGUUGUAUCAACUUCCCCCACUGUAGUUAUUAGAACAUUCACUGGUAAAUUGUGCUAUUUUUUUUCGUUGACAAAUUUUGUGUGUUACUUUGUUUGCAAGUGGAAUGUGUUGAUAGAUUUUUAUAAUUAUUUUAAAUUAUUAUUUAUUUGU